CCUCUGCCCUCAAGGGGAUUAUCUGUAAGAGUUCUUUCUCCUUAAAAUUUCUGUUGCUCACUAGAGUGUAUUUUUAUUUUAUGCAGGUUAAAAAAAAAAAUUAAAACUACCCUAGUCUGGACAGAUUUGGCUAAAUUGAGAAAACAAGUGAUCCUAAAUUCAGCUGUGUUCUAAGAGAUUAUGUGAUUACUUAUCAGUAGCUUGUGACAAAGUAAAUAGACUGCACCUUUUGUUUUUGGAUUUUUUUUUUAAUGAAUCCGAAUAGUUUUUGGACUACUUAAUUAUCAUAACUAAAUAACCUUCAAUUUUUGUAGGCAUUUGACAUAUCUUCUGAUGAAACCUUUGUUAUCACAACAACAAAUAGGAAGGAAAUUACAGAAGAUAACUUCAAGGACCUCGUUCAGGAUGGAGUUACUUUAUAUGUGCUACAGUCAGUUGAUCAAAUGUUGCUUUUGGCAACUAAGGAACGAAUUGACUUUCUUCCCCACUAUGAUACACUUGUCAAAAGUGGCAUGUACGAGUACUAUGCCAGCGAGGGCCAAAAUCCUUUGCGAAACUGCAGCUUUGAGUCUGUCAUUUGCCCUUGCUGAAUUGAUUGACAAUUCUCUGUCAGCUACAUCUCAAAAUGCUGGUAUUCGGAGUAUACAGAUAAAAUUGUUGUUUGAUGAUUCCCAAGGAAAACCUGCUGUUGCUGUGAUUGAUAAUGGAAGUGGAAUGACUUCUAAACAGCUUAACAAUUGGGCUGUGUAUAGAUUGUCAAAGUUUACACGACAAGGUGACUUUGAAAGUGAUCAUUCGGGGUACGUACGCCCUUUGCCAGUGCCUCGUAGUUUAAAUAGCGAUAUCUCGUAUUUUGGAGUUGGAGGCAAGCAAGCAGUGUUCUUCGUGGGACAGUCUGCCAGAAUGAUAAGCAAACCUGCAACAUCUCAGGAUGUUCAUGAACUUGUCCUUUCUAAAGAGGAUUUUGAAAAGAAGGAGAAAAACAAAGAGGCAAUAUAUACUGGAUUCAUUCAAAAUAGAAAGCCAUCUGAUUCUACUCAUAUCACAAGUGAUGAUGAAAGAUUUCUUCAUAAUCUAAUAUUAGAAGAAAGGGAUAAAGAGAGUUUCACAGCAGUUGUCAUUACAGGUGUACAACCAGAUCACAUGCAGUACUUGAAAAACAACUUUCAUCUUUGGACAAGGCAGCUGGCACAUAUAUAUCACUAUUAUAUUCAUGGACCAAAAGGAAAUGAAACUAAUGCUGUAACAAAAGAAAUAAGCCCUUUCAACAACAUUGACAUUCAGAUUUCAAUGUUUGAAAAGGGAAAAGUACCAAAGAUGGUCAAUCUGAGGGAGAUCAAAGAUGACAUGCAGACAUUAUAUAUAAAUACUGCAGCUGAUAGUUUUGAAUUUAAGGCACAUGUUGAAGAAGAAGGUAUAGUUGAAGGCAUCAUCCGAUACCAUCCCUUCCUUUAUGAUAAAGAAACGUACCCUGAUGAUCCAUGUUUUCCAUCAAGAUUAAAUGAUGAUGAUGAUGACGACUGCUUCAUAGUAGAAAAAGGAGCCAGAGGAAAAAGGCCUAUUUUUGAAUGUUUUUGGAAUGGAAGAUUAAUACCAUACACGACUGUGGAAGAUUUUGAUUGGUGCGCUCCUCCAAAGAAGAGAGGAUUGGCACCGAUGGAGUGCUACAACAGAAUUUCUGGUGCGUUGUUUACCAAUGAUAAGUUCCAGGUCAGCACAAACAAACUCACUUUUAUGGAUCUGGAGCUGAAGCUGAAGGAUAAGAAUACUCUGUUCACAAGAAUCUUCAAUGGACAGGAGCAGCGAAUGAAAAUUGACAGGGAAUUUGCUCUGUGGCUCAAAGACUGUCAUGAAAAAUAUGACAAACAGAUAAAAUUCACAGUCUUUAAAGGAAUAACUGUACGCCCUGAUAUACCAUCCAAAAGAAUGCAGAGCCCUUGGACAACGUAUGCUGCAAUAGAGUGGGAUGGAAAAACAUACAAAACUGGACAGCUGGUGAAAACUCUUAAGACUCAUCCAAUACUCUAUGGAAGCAUUGAGAAAUUUUACUUGUAUGGAGAUCAUGAUGGGGAUAUAUUUGCCACUGGGGGAGAGGUCCAGAUUGCUUUGGAACCGCAGGCAUUGUAUGCUGAAACGAAAAUUAUUCCAAUCUCAAAACUUGACAGAACAGUGUCUGACAAAGUUGUUAAAAAAUACAUUGAGGAUGAAAUGGCAAGACUUCCUGACAAAUUAUCAGUAACAUGGCCUGAAGGAGAUGAGUUGUUACCAAAUGAAACAAGAUUUGCUGGUACACCAAUAGGAGCAUUAAGAAUAGAAAUUCUAAAUAAAAAAGGAGAAGCAAUGCAAAAACUUCCAGGUACAAGCCACGGAGGUUCAAAGAAACUUCUUGUUGAACUCAAGGUUAUUUUGCAUUCACCUACUGAGAAUAAAGAAAUAAUUUCCCAUAUCAGUCAGCAUGGAGGCAAGUGGCCAUACUGGUUUAAAAAAAUGGAAAAUCUUCAGAAACUUGGUAACUACUCCUUGAAACUGCAAGUAGUAUUGAAUGAAAGUAAUGCAGACACUUAUGCAGGAAGGCCUCUGCCAUCUAAAGUAUUUAAAUUUACUAUUGUGGAGGGCAAACCAGAGAAAUUUUUGGUGGGUCUCUUGGAGCUUCCGUUUCGAAUUGGAGUACCUUUUAGUAUUCCUUUGGAAUUGCAGGAUGAAUUUGGUCAUACAACCCACUUGACAAAUCGCAUUAGACCAAUUCUGGAAGCUAGUGGAUUAACAUUGAAGCAUGAAGACAUACUUGUGGCAGCAAAGUGUGUCAUUAAGGGUGUUACUGCUACAGGCUGUGUAAAUAGUUGCCAGGGCAAGAACUUUAAUCUGAAGAUUACUCUUCCUGGUUUGAAAGAAGAUACACAAGUCAUUAAAAUAAGAUUGCAGCCUGGCCCUCCUCAUCAAUUGAAAGUAAAGCCAGAUUCGGAAAUUCUGAAGAUUGAAAAUGGUACAGCUUUUCCCUUUCAGGUUGAAGUAGUGGAUGAAUCAGGAAAUAUAACAGCACAGCCAGAGUUGAUUGUUCAUUGUAAGUUUUUAGGUUCUUCAGACCUUCCUGUGUAUUCUGUGGACUGCAGUAAUGGAGGAACAAACAUUUUAACUGGUCCAGUUAUACAUGUACAGAAUAUCAAGAAAGACCAGAUACUGAAAGCAAGGUUUGAAGUACUUGAUUGCAAAGAUGUGCCACCAGUGGAAAAGAUUAUAAAACUUCUUCCUAGCAGUCAUGUUGCAAGACUACAGGUCUUAAGUAUGAACGGACAAAAGGCUCUUCAGAUUAAACAUCAGGAUGAAAUCAGUUGUGUUGCUGGCCAAGUCAUGAACAAACUUAUAUUUCAGAUGUAUGAUGAAGCAGAAAGGGAAAUACCCAUAACUGCAGCUGCUGCAGAAAAAAUCAAGGUUAACUGGACACCUAAAAUUGACAGAGAGCUGUUGAUGCAGGGAUUAUUACCUGAUGUAAAAGUACCAACUUCAGUAAAAGAUGUACGUUACUGUCUAAUUACUUACCUUGAUGAGCACGUCUCUCUGGAGAGUGCAUUCACAGUCAGACCAGUUCCUGAUGAACCCAAACACAUUAAAUGUAAACUAAAAGGCUCAAACACACUGCAGUUGGGUGAAGAACUGCAGAGUGAAAUCGAUGUAAUGAUUACAGAUCAGUUUGGAAAUCAGGUUCAGACAGUGACAUCUGCAUGUGUAAAUUCCCUAGGAGUUUCUGGGCCUGGACUUGAUAAAUCAAAUCUGAAAAUAACUUGGCAGGAAAGUACUCAAACGAUGAAAGUAAAAGGUAUUCGAUAUAAACCUUGUUUACUUGGAAACAAAGAAUUGUGCUUCGCAUGGCGUGAAUUUUCUGACUUUAUCAGAGUGAAUUUAGUAGCAGGAUCCCCAGCUAAAUUGCAGUUUGUGGAUUGGCCAGAGUUAGAAAAGCCUGUUUCAGUGAUUAAUGGUAGAGAAUUGCAGAGGCCCCUUAUUGUUCAGUUGUGUGAUCAGUGGGGAAAUCCAACUCCUGAACCUAAUGUCAAAAUCAGCCUUACAAAGAGUAACAACUUAAAGCUUGUUCCUUCAAACCAGCAACAUAAAACAGAUGACACUGGUAGGGCUAACCUGGGAGUUUUUACUAUUCAUGCACCUAGGGGAGAGCACAUUUUGCAGCUUAAAGCCUCACACAACAAGACUGUAUUAGAUUGUCUUGUAAUUACACUAAAUGUCCUCCCUGAUCCUGAGAAACCUGUCUGCUUGAAUGUUAAAUAUGACAAAAGUCCUUCUUUUCCAGCAGGAGGUACCUUCCCUGAUUUUAUGGUUAGUGUUCUUUCUGAAGAUGACACCAUUAUGAAAAAUAUUAAUCCAGCUCGGAUUUCUAUGAAAAUGUGGGAAGCACAGAGCAGUCGGGUUAGGACACUGAUUGAUGUUACAACGUUUAGCUGUAGUAAAGUGAAGGAUGACAAGGAAGACAGCUUCUUCUACUUCAGGGAUAAAGUGGUUCCGGAGAGAGUAGGCACUUACGUUAUCCAGUUUACCUUUGCAAUGGAUAAGACAAACAUGCUCAACAGUGAACAGAUUAUAGUUGAAGUUGUACCUAAUGACCCUGUACGCUUGUUACCUGAUUCUUUACCAGCUACUCCAGCAGUUUCCAAUGUUCGAGCUCUUACCAGCCGUACACUGGUCAAGGAUUUAUACCUCCAUUUAAUGGAUGAAUACAACAACCACACUGGAUUUGAUCUAGUUGGCAGAAUAAUAGCAAAAAUUAGAAGCCCCAAUGAAGAAGAUAUAGAGAUCCCGCAGUUUCAUGGGAAAGUUGAUAGAGUAGAGUUUCCAUUGGAGAAUGGAUCAGCUGAAAUUAAUUUAGUGCUGGCUGAAGACAGUCCUGGAAGAGAUAGCACUGAAUAUAUUCUUGUCUUUGAGCCACAUCUGCCAGCUUUGAAAAAGCCUUUGGAACCAUAUUGUCUCUCAUUUAUGUUUUACAACGAUUUCAAGAGGCAGCAGCUGAUGACAACACUGACCAGGGAGAAAGACCAAUUGUCUAAGUCCAUAGAUCUUUACAGAAAGAUGUUUGAUACUACCAAUCAGCUCGUAGCUGAAAUGAAAUGUCAGGUUAAAGAAGCUGAAGCAAGAGAAGCCGUCCUGAAGAAUGAACUGAAAAAGCACCAAAUUGAAUUACCACAGAAGAACACACUUCAGUAUGUAGAUUCUCUUAUUAAAAAAAAGAUGUUGGAACAAGAAGGAGUAAUGAAGCAGCCAAGGAGAACUUGUACCCUCCCAAACUAUCCAAAAGGCAACCAGGAUGUUCUAGGCAAGAUUGCACAUUUAGCUCAAAUUGAGGAUAAUGAAGCUGCAAAAGUUAUUUCUUGGCACCUGGCAAGUGACAUGGACUGUGUAGUCACAUUGACCACAGAAGCUGCUCGUUCUAUCUUCGAUGAAACUCAAGGUCGACAACAAGUGUUACCCCUUGAUUCCAUUUACAAGAAGACACUUCCAGAUUGGAGCAGACCUUUACCUCACUUGAAAAACGGAAGAACCUUCUUCAGACCUAUUGGAAAUCCUGUAUUUGCCAGAGAUCUGUUAACAUUUCCAGAUAACAUAGAGCAUUGUCAAACAGUGUUUGGUAUGCUCCUGGGUGAUACUAUCAUUAUAGAUAACUUGGAUGCUGCCAACCACUACAGAAAAGAGGUUGUAAAAAUUACACACUGCCCUACCUUGCUGACUAGGGAAGGAGACAGGAUUCGGAGCAAUGGAAAAUUUGGAGGCCUGCAGAAUAAAGCUCCUCCAAUGGACAAACUCAGAGGAAUGGUAUUUGGAGCACCAGUGCCAAAACUUUACUCUACUUUCUCUGGACAGAUAGAUCUUCUUCAGCAGUACCGUGCAGCAGUGAUUAAACUUGACAAUGUGAAUAAGGACCUCGAUUUACAUUUGCAGUCACUGAACACUCCAGAAAUGCAAAAGAAAAAACAGGAACUUGCUGAACAAGAGAAAAACCUCAAGAUAGUAAAACAAAAAUUGGGUAUGACUCCUGCUUUAUCAGAUAAAGGUGCUGAAUCAUUACUUCAGCCUGUCAUGUUAGAUACAUCUGACACCCCCAUUCCUCCCAAAAGAAUGCGAAGAGAGACAGUGAAAAAACUGUACGACUCAGAAGAAUGGAUCUCCUCUCCUGCAAAACAGCAGCAACAGCAAGUGCUGCAAAUGGCUCCUUCAGAACUUAAUGGAACUCCACGAAAAAGAAAGGCAUAGGCUGAUCAGACUUGCUGGGAAGAACUGUGUAUUGAAAAUGUGAAUACAUUCAGUUAAAGUAAAUACUCAUGUGGUAUUACUAUUACUCUGAAGAUUUUUAUACAGAUAGAAGAUAAAAAUGUUAGUAGGAACAAAAGCUUAAGUAUUUAACACUGAUAGCCCAAUUUUUGUAUAGUUAAUUUUCAUUUCUAAAAGCUUUCAGAGUUUUUAUGUUCAUGUGUGAAAAAAAGUUUAAAAUAUAUUCUUUUUUUAUUUAUAAAAAAAUGAUCUUUUCAAUAAAACUGCUUCAG